UACAGCAUAUCAAAGGGAAGACUCGGGCCUCUGUACACACUUCUGGCAUGGGGUCCUCAUUUUCGAGUACUAAUGAGUACCCUCCUUCCUCCACAGUUGCUUCCGCAAACCCACCAGCGAAAGACUCCCGGCCGCCCCCAUCCGCACAGAAUCGGGCGUUUAAAAGCUGCUGGAGUUGUCGCGUGCUGUCUGGCUGUACAUUCAUAGGGGCGGGUACCUACGUCUACUUGAUGGCCAGGAAGCCCAUGAAGCUAGGAGUCCAACCUGGCCCAGGCACCAUAGUGCAGAUGGUCGUCGGCAUCAGUAUUGCCUGUUGGGGUGUAAUUGUUAUGAUAGACCCCGAAGGGAAGUCCUACCGAGUUUGAAAAUACCGGCAGUCCGUUGUCUCCUAUCACUGGCUGUGCGGCGGAAAGAACAAGCAUUGGGUUGGUGGAUAUUCUUUGCACGCACGGCC